UUUAGAAUUUGCGGAACUUAGCGGACAGCUGAGGUGGUUAUAAUUUAUCUUUAUCCACUAUCUUAAAAAAAAAAAAAAAAAAAAAAACGUAAUCAUAGCCUUAGCUCUGAGAGAGUCGCUUUGAGGCCACAAUAUAGAUAUACAUUUCAAUGUAGUAUCGAACUGCGAGAGCAACGCAAAAUGCUUAUCCUUAAGAAUCGUGCGAACACUGAACUUCAACGCGGUAAUAGUAGGGCCUGUGGCGAUGGUAAACGUUGAUAAUUUAAUGAUUUUACGAUAACGGGUUUGUGGACUGCAGGUAAUGGAGCUUUAGAUGCUAUAGACAGAAAAAACCUUGAAGAGAACAAGCACCUCGGAGCUCAGGGUUCAUGGGUAGCAGGGUGAGCAGGCCAGGCAGCGACCAAAGUCGUGAAAUAGAAUAGUUAGAGGCGCGCGCGCAAUCAUCGAUCCAUCAGCCCAGGCCAAACUGGCCUUAGGUUUAGGUACAUUUUAUCGUAAAAUUAGUCCCAGAAUCAGAUCAGUACUUGAAUUCAAUGAUACAAUAGCAGUGGAAUAUACAGCAGCAAAGCAGAGCUCCCGCUACUCAACUCCUCAAAAUUGAACAGCACCUGCUCAACAACGAAAUCAUCACAGUUGUCCUGUCUGCCAUCACCAUUAUUAUCGUUAAAUGCAGCUACAGCAAACCAUUAUGAUUGAGGCUCGAGUAUGCCGCAGUCUCUUUCUCCUGGUCCUCUUGGCCACAGUCACCCAGAUCCAGCCUUCCUUCCAUGGCCACAAUAAGGCGUUUGUCCAGGAUGACAGCGACAUGCAGCACUUUCUCGAUAGUCUGCCCAUUUCAAUGUAUCAGGACUUUGCUAAUUCUAUGCAUGGAACUGGGGAUUUGACAUCAGAAGAAAACGUUAAAAACUCUCCUGCAUAUAUUAAAUUUGAACCAAAUAUUUUGGAUUUUAAAGAAAGACAACUUGGUGUACCUCAUCAAGAAACUGUAACGCUGUUUAACAGAGAUAAUAAUCGAACGAUUUACCUCUCUUCCAUUUCGGGAAACACUCAACAUUUUCAUUCAUCUUUUUUUCAAGAUAAAGUAAUCCCUCCUUUAGGAAAUACAACAUUUAAUGUUGUUUUUUUAGGCCGUUCAGAGGGUGAAAUUGACAGUUAUCUCUUUAUUCAUACGACAGAAGGCAUUUUAAAAUACCAAGUUAAGGGAGUAAGCAUCAGUAGUCCAUAUAGAUUGCGGCCAGUCAUAGGUGUGAAAUUACCCAUAAAUGCAUCCUUUGCGCCUUUAGUAUAUAUGCAUAAUCCUCAUUCUGAAUUGAUGCAGAUUGUAGAAGUUUACAGUAGUGGAAGAGAAUUUCAACUAGAAUUGCCUUCUGGAGAAGUAGAAGGACCUCGCGAAUUAUGGGAGAUUCCUCCUUUCCAAACAAAACCUGUAAUAAGAUUACAUUUUACUGCACAUGCUGAAAAAAAUCAUACUGCAUACAUAAGGUUCAGAGUUAAUAACACUGCAGAAAUUUUGAUUGUAACUGUAGAAAUAGAAGUGAGCAGUGGAGCUGGUCUUCAUUGGGGUGGAAGUUCAGGAGUUGUGAACUUUGGUAUGGGAGGCUCUUAUCAGUCUCCCAUUCGAUACCAGAUAGCUUUGAAAAAUUCUGCAAAAAAACCUGUCAAAGUUCAAAAUAUCAUUAGUGUACCAACGUCUAAAGCACUUAAGGUCAAUUUUGAACCCACUAUCAUACCAGGGGAUACGGAAAUCCCUGUAGCAAUUGGAACGUUAAUUUAUGAUUGGAAAGCUGGACUAGAUUUGAAACACUUUAAAGGGAAAAUAAUGAUCAAGGGCAUUGGACCUGGUGGCUCUAGUCAAAAACUGGCAAUACCAUGGAUGGCUGAAGUAUUGCAAGGUGGCCUCGAAGUAAAUGCUUCUGCAGCUCAUUAUUGCUCACCACACUCCAGCCAGCCUCGAAAUUUUAGCGUUAUUAACAAAUUCAAACAGCCCCUUGCCAUUACAAACAUUUCGCUACCCUCAAAGGCUGCACUCCUUUUUAGAAUAAGUAACUUUGUCCCAAAGAUAUUGAAACCUGGUCAACGGGAUGACAUAUUCACGCUAUCUCUGAUGCAUGAUAAAAAAAAUGACAAUUUGCAGUUUGAGUCGUCGAUAUUGAUAUACUCGAAUGUGUCAACAACGAAAGUUCCGUUGCUCAGUUACAAUGGAAAGCUGCGAAAAAUAAUCCCAGAUGAACGAGAACGCGAUAAAGGCUCAAUCAAUUUCGGCACCGUGAGUAGCGGUACCGAGAACGAGGGCAUCUUUGCUCUAGAGAAUCAAAAUCCUGUAAACAUAGAACUGCACGGCUGGGGUGUGAAUAUGCCCGGGGCCGUCUUAGAGCUAGUGGGUUGUCAGAGUGGUCCCACCGAUUUAUUUAAUAGAGGAAUAAGAAAUAUAACUGCCUGUAGCACUACGGGAAAUCAAAACUUAAAACCAAGUUACUUAGCAAUCUUUAAGAUUAAAGUUAAAACACCACACAUAGAGGAGGAUACUAUUGUUGGUGAUGUUUUUGUAAAGACAUUUUACGAAAGGUUAACGGUUCCAGUUUACAUGCGAGUGGCUCAUGGAAAAAUAACUAUGAAAAGACUUAAAUUCACAAAUUGUUUUCCCGGUUCCUCGUGUGUGCAACAAAUUAAGGUUCAUUCAACGUUCAUCAGACCAAUGGAAGUAACUUUUAUUAAGCCAGUGCAUGAAGACGAAAGAGUAAAGUACACUCCUUUAGAAGAGACUUCCUAUCCUGUUAUUUCCAAAGGCGAUAAUCAUGUUGGCUUUAUCGUGAUAGAUCCAUUGGUCACUUGCAAGCCGAAUUGUUAUCUUGGUUUAUCUCUAAAUAAUAGUGAUGGAAAUCAAUGGUUAAACACUUUGAGUUUACCUCUGCAUACGCGUGAUUCUGAUUUAAAUUUAUUGAAUACUCUGUAUACUCGCUAUUUAAAUACAAUUGGCGACUCGUGGGACAAUAUAACAAUGCAAUUAGAUACCAGUGAAGUUCGGGGGUACAAAUUUACCGUGAGUAUAAAACCACACUGGCCCAGUGUCCUGGUGAGCAGUCAAGGUACAAAAUAUAAAAGCUUGUCCUUUCCACUGACUCAAGUUGGUAACACAUCGUACAAAAAUAUAACAUUGCAUAAUCCAUCAUUGAAUCCAUUAUUGAUCCAUUUGGUAAUGGAUUGGAACUAUCCUCAAGGAUCAAGGUUAUUCCAGUCUUUACCAAAUGAAUUUAAACCUUCAUACACUAAAUGCGCAAAUACAAUACAAGGAGAGUUCAAAUUAGAAGAUUAUGGGAAUAAUAAACAUUUGUUUGAACGUGAAUGGAGUAUUGCAUCUGCACAGAACUCUAUUCCUUUGGUUCUUAAACCCAAUCAAACGAAAACUAUAGGUCUUUCCUAUGCCCCUAAACUCGCUGCAUCAUCUUCCGCACUUUUAUAUAUAAGAAACAAUAUGACUAUUUUAGAAGUGUUAGGCAUUGUAGGACGUGGAGCUCACGCACAGUUCAAAUUCGGUAAUCGCAAACCUGGAUCUUCAAAACCCUUAUUGUUUGAAUUUACUGAGAGGCAUCUUCAGGGUUGUCAAAGUAAGUCAUCAGCAUUGUUUGGACGAGAGUUGAAUUUAACGUUGAGACGCUCGUUCAUGGCCCGUAAUGUUGGUGAACUACCGAUCGACGUGCACAGGUUCUAUAUCAAUGGAUUGACUUGCCAAGGCUAUGGAUUCAAGGUACUUAACUGCGAGCCUUUUAGGCUCCAGCCGAAUGACAGCCGCCAAAUCGAUAUUGCCUUCACGCCCGAUUUCACGCUUUUCCGCGUUGAGCGCGACCUACUGAUAGAAACGAGCAUGGGAUGGGAGCCGCGGAAAUACGGUAUAAAAGACGAGAAGGAAGAAGGAAAGGAGGAGGAGAAAGACGACGAGGACGGCGUCGAGCUCGGCCAUGAAGUCGAUGGUAUGGUCAGGCUGAGCCUACUGACCACUUUGCCUGCCAACAAAUUAGAGGCGUGUUCAAGGAUUUUGGCUCGGCCUAGUUGGGAGCAAGUGAUCCAAUGCAUUGCUAUUGUUCUUGCAGGGCUUCUCUUUAUUGGAAUUUUGGUUACUGCCAUCCUCGAGGCCGAUCGCAUACUGAAUGUCUUGCUGUUGACUAUGUCGCGGGGCAAUCCUACGCAGCCACCACUAGACUUACGGUUGCUUUCACAUUCCUCGCCCAUGCAACAGCAGCACGGCAUCAACGCCAACAGCCAUCAUCAGCAAUAUCACCAGCAUGUCAAAGAGAAGCUGGUACCCGCCACGGAUGAUAGUAGCAAUAGCAGAGCAAGUAGCAAGAUCAGUGGGAAGAAAGAUGAUACGUCGACGUCGUCAGCCGCUUCGUUGCUAGUCUGGAGCUUCGUAAAUAGCAAGCGGGGUAAGGACAGGGCCAGCUACAAACAAUACCAGCUGCUGACCGACUGGUCAGCCGAGGAAGAACGUAGAUUCCGACUGGACAGCGAUGCUCGGGAUGGAAUGAAGCGCUGUGUCGACUCAGCGUCGCUCAGUUUCGAGCAACCGGCAUCGGUUAGCAGUGCUACUGGUAACUCGAAGAAACGCGGUGACAGUAAGCAGCAGCAACGACAAAGUUCAUUGAAGAUAUCACUAGUGGAUGGUGUCGCAGACGUGGCUGUUGUCGAGCUGCAAAUCGCACCAUCUGAGAAAAAGAUUUCCAACAAGUCCAGUCCCAUCAUCAACAGAAAGCAGGGCAAAACUUGCAAGGAAGAAACUACCAAGCACAUCAAUCACGAGAUACAGCAGCUUGAGACCGGCAGCAACAUUGUCUCAAGUAGUUUCAAGCACCGCAAACAGCCUGCCUCUAAUGGUAGCAAUAAUGCGAAUAAUAAUGCUUUUAAAAAAUACGAGGCUAAUGCUUGUCAGAAAGUUAAUCAAUACUCUGAGGAGGAGACCUCGUCCACCACGACUGAGAGCUCCAUUCAAGAGGACAAUAAUGUAUACAAGAAGCAUUGCAUAUUCCAAGAAAAUGUGCUCUUUUCAAUGCUACAUUUCAUCCUUACAGCUACAACAACAGCAACGUCAGUAGCGGCAGCGUCAACGAUACCGGCACCGUCAAUAAUGGCCCCCAGUAACUCGACAGUUCCGCGAGAAGAGACUACGAAACAUGCGUUAAUCACUCCCAUGAUAGUUUUACCGUCAAUGUUGCUGCAAACGUCGUCAACGCCGCAACUGCCGCCACCACCCGCGGUAUGCUGGGGCGAGAACCGCGCCAAAUUCAGUGACGUGGUCGCUCGUAACCAGGAGAACAGCUCGCCCUUUGCCAAUCACAGCAACAAUAACAAAUCACAGUGCAAACUGACCAGCAAAAGUUGUACAAAUUCUGUACCUGGAAUCUUGAACUUUCUGGAUGGUGCAGAUUGCUCCAAACGCCAGCCGGCCCAGGAGCUCAGCUACAAUGAGUUCAAAAUUGAUGCAAAUAGUAAUUCUAAUAAGGACGAGCUGUGCAGUGACUUGGUGGUCUCAGAAACAAAGUUUCAUGGUCGAUUGAAUAGUUACUUCGUUCAUUCGUUAAGCGAUUCAACAUGCGAACCUGAUUUAAUACCGUAUGAUGAUCUUCCUCAUACUGAAGAGCCACUGAUAGAAUUGGAAAACAAAGAUGAAAAUUCGCAUAAUAAAUUUUGGCAGAGCAACAGUUCUAUUCUCAGUUCAAUCACUGACAAUUCAAUUUUUCCUGUUGAUUCGCGCAAACCCAUUGAAAAAGUUUCAGAUUCAUCCGACACGUUUAAAGAUAAUUGGGUUGCAAUAGAAACAAACUGGGAACCUUUGUACAAUCGAGGAGCUGUCGGAGAAGAGAGAAGUGGCGUUUGGGGAAUAAACACAGGAGGUGUGUGGGCUGCCGCACCUUGGGGUGCCCCACCACCGAUAUCGAAUCUUCAAACCUCCUCUUUGUCGCAAACAAAUGAAACAAGUGUUCAAGAAAGUUCUGGUUUUGAUCCGUUUCGAUCUCUAAGUACCAUUUGGACACCAUCUUCAACGGAUAUUUGGACCACAAAGAAAAAUGACGACCAUAUCAGUGAUAUUCAUUGAUAUAUUGUGAAAGAGUUUCUACUGAAUCGACAAUUUUUUUUGUAAAGGUUCUCAAAAACAAUCUUAUAGAAUAAUACACCAAAUCAUUGUGGUGUGAAAUCUUUUUUUUUAGUGAUUACAAAAACAAAAAAAACAAAAAAUGGAAAUAAAUUCCACUUUGCAUUUUUAAGUAAAAAAUUCCGGAUAGCAAAAAUUGGUACAAUGAUUUAAGGUUUUAAACCUGAAUUUUACUUUUCACAUUUAUUUGAAGCACAUAAAAAUGGUUUUAAUAAUUCAUGUGUUGGUAUUACUCUUUUAUAAACGUAAUUCCCUUCAAAAAUUAAAAUAAUUAUUUGGGAGUAAUAUUUUGUAAGUACAGUGAAUUUCAUGAAUAAAUGAUAUGAUUUAACUUUA